CAUUCACUUCCCGUUUCAUACCGGAAGUGCAUAGCUGCAAGUGAGUGUGUAACAUGGCUGUGAAUCUCACUGAAUUAUCACUCCCUCAGUUGGAAGGCUUGAAGGGGCAACUGGAACAGGAGAUCGAGUUCUUGACGUCUUCAAUUGGUCAACUAAAAGUAGUCCAGACAAAGUAUGUGGAAGCGAAGGAUAGUUUGAGUGUUCUUAACAAGGACAAUGCGGGCAAAGAGCUACUGGUUCCCCUCACCAGCUCUAUGUAUGUUCCAGGGACGCUCAGUGAUGUGGAGCAUGUCUUAGUGGAUGUUGGGACAGGAUACUAUGUAGAAAAGAAUGUGGAGGACACCAGAGAAUUUUUCAAGCGCAAAAUUGACUUUCUCACAAAGCAGAUUGAGAAGAUCCAGCCAGCCCUGCAAGAGAAACAUGCCAUGAAGCAAGCUGUGAUUGAAGUUAUGAACAUGAAGAUUCAGCAACUGCAUAGUCAACAGACAUCACAAUCUGGGACUGCCAAGGCCUAAGAGAAAAGGAGGAUGGGGGUCCUUCAGGAAGCAGGGUUUUCCUGUACACAGAAAUUGCAAACUUGAUGCAGGAUGUCCUUUAAAAAUAGUCAGUUCUCAUGGCAAACACAUUACCCAAGCAUGCAUCAGGAUACUAAGUCUAAACAGCUGUCAAAGAGACCAAUGAAUAAUGAAGGAAAAGUAGAGUAAACCUCCUCCAUCCUUACUUACAGGUGAAGGAGGGAAGUGGAAGUGGAAAGGAAGGUUCAGGAGUUUUUUUGGUUCAGUGGAAAUGAACACGUUAGUUGAAUCCAUGUGCUCUGUAAAUCUUACAAAUUUGACUGAAUCCCUCUGUAUCUUUGCAGCUGUUGGUCAUUGUAAUUAGCCAGAUAUGUACUCAUUUGAAGUUGAAAACAAAUGACUGCAUUCUUUAUCAUUUUCUUGUACACUGUAGCCCCUGAAAAUGGCAGAGGACGAAUAAAAUGG